UAAUUUAUUUUCUUCGUAUUUUAUGUUUAUGAUUUUUUUUAUUUUAUGUUUUUAUUGAAUCAAAAUUAAUGGACAAAAUGGACGCACCAAUUUUAGAACCAAUUUCAGAGGAGGUCGAUUCAUGCGCAACCCCAUCAUUUAAAUCAAAUAUCUCGAAAAGAAACGUUACAAAUUCUGUUAGGGAAUUUGGUGUUGUAAAGAAUGUUGUGAUGCAGUCGCAAAAAUUAGAAUGUUCACCACAAUGUCAUAACGGACCUACUAAUUCUUCUACAAAAUACCAACUUUCUGAAUAUGACUUUCCAAAAUUUAAACAUCAACAUUUAAAUAAAGAAGAUGUCCAAAAGUCCAAAAACAAUAAAAGCUACUCGUCCAUCCUUAAUAAACCGUUUCUAUUCAGACGAUCAGAAUCUUUAGAUAAAGCUGUAACGUUAGAAGAAAAAAGAUUAAUUGAGUUAUACAGGAAAAACCAAACAGUCGAGGAAUACGACUCAAGUCGCUCUCAUUCGACGAGAUUUUCCACAUCAUUAUCGUCCAACACCAACUCCUCUUUGUCUAGCCCAUCUAUUUCAGAAUCUAAAUCCAAAUUCGGCAUGAAAGAUUACUUUAAAUCACUUUCGGGAAUCAUAGAAGAACAAGAAGCACUUGAACAUGCUGUUAUGGAAAGUGUAAUGAUAUCAGACAUUUCCGUACAAAAAGAAAAACCUCAAUGCGUAUCUCUUGCCAUGGUUGUAGCACAAAAAUAUUUGAGAUUACAUAGAAUAUUUGAAUUGUACCAAUUCCUUAUUGCGCAUUUAUUAAGUGCUUUACCCGAAAAUCCAAUACAGUUUUUGUUGGAUUUAUUAGAUAAUUGUCUUUCAUUUAGAACUGGAUUAACUAUGCCUCCAUUGCUUUAUCAAAAGAAACAUCUUGAGGCACUUUUUAAAAUGAUGGAUAGAAUGGGGUCUGGAUAUAUUGAUUUAGAACAGUAUAAAGCAGGCAUGAAAUCUAUAGGGGUAUGUAUGGUUAAAGAAGAGUUGUUGGAGAAUCCACUCAUUGCUAUUGAUAAAAAAACAUUUGUUGAUGAUGCGUUAAUUGCUCUUGAGUCAAUUCUAAUCGAUAUAUUACGUCGAAAGUAUAUGAAAGAUGAAAAUGUACCUACAACACCUCCACCUCCUACACCAUUGAAUCGAACAAUUAGCUCAUCGGCGUCCGUUCUUAGCUGUGCAAAAUCAACGAGUACAAAUACAAAAUUUUCCGUGAUAUUUAAGAAAAGAUGAUAAGAAUUUGAAUGGAUUUCGUAAAAUUCACGAUCAUAAACUUUAAUGAUAGGGUGAUAAAAAUGUAUGAAGGUCGUGAAACUUACGCGCGCCCGCUGAGUUUCAUUAUAAUCUCAUAAAGGUGUAUCUAAUAUACCCUAUGAAUAUAUA